AUAAAAUAUCUGACGAUCACCAGCUGGAGAACAUCUACAGUUAGUAAUCUGGCCUUAUUUUUAGAUUGUGACAAUGAGCAGCCAGAGUUCUGAUAUAAGAAGAGCAAUCCGGAUGUCCGGUGAAUUCACUUUGAAAAGAGCAAAGAAGAAGGCACAAGAGCAGAUCGGCCAUUUGUUUAAUGUCUCACUGCAUGUAGCUGUGACUGGAGAAACUGGGACUGGAAAGUCAACGUUCAUCAAUGCUUACAGAGGUCUGAGGCAUGAUGAUGAAGGUGCUGCUGAAACUGGAGUUACUGAGACCACAACUGAACCCACCCCUUAUGAACAUCCCACAAUUCCAAAUGUGGUGCUUUGGGACCUGCCUGGGGUUGGAAGCAUAAAGUUUACAGCAAAGACGUACGUAAAGAAGAUGCAGUUUGAGAAGUAUGAUUUCUUCCUUAUCAUCUCAGACAGAUGUAAAGAGAAUGACUUCAUGUUGGCCAAGGCGAUCCAAAAAAGGAAAAAUAAGUUUUACUUCAUUAGAUCAAAGGUAGACAGUGCUGUUCAACAUGAAGGUGAUGAAGGAACAAUUCUCUCGAAAAUCAGAAAGGAUUGUCAGGAAAACCUAAAGGAACUGGGAAACCCUCCUGUGUUCCUCAUAUCCUCUAAGGAUCUUUCUGCAUUUGAGUUUGAGGAGCUUGUUUCAACUCUGAACUCUGAGCUUCCAGAGCAUAAGAAGUAUGUUCUACUGCAGUCUGUACCAAUCACAUCAGUGGCUAUGCUGGAGAAAAAAAUCAGCAUGUUUAAGAAAGCCAUCUGGGCUGCAGCUAUUGCCUCUGGUGGGAUUGCAGCUGUACCGGUGCCUGGUCUGUCUUUUGCAUGUGAUACAGUCAUUGUGAUGUCUUUCUUUACAAGGUGCUACUAUGCCUUUGGCCUUGAUGACAGAUCGAUUGAAAAGCUCUCAGAAAGAGUGAACAAGCCAGAACUCAAGUCCCUGAAGAAAGCCCCUCAUUUAAAGGAACUUGCAGAAUCAUCAGUGCUUCGAAUGGGAGCGUCCGCAGCAGGAGAAUUUCUGUGCAGUAUGGUGCCGGUUGUAGGGAACGCAGCAGCAGCGACAAUGUCUUUCAGCAUGACCCGUGAUCUCCUCGAGAAUGGAUUGACAGUGUUAGCAGAUGAAGCGAGGAUGGUGCUGAAAGAGGCAGGACUGGAGUAACAAACAUAUCACAUUUGUAAGCGUACAGUGGUGUGAAAAUGUUUUGGCACCGUUGGUUUUCACCUUUGGUUUCCUUCUUUGUGCCUUUCCUGUUUUGGGCUUGUGCUCAUAAUGACAGCUUAUGGGGUGGGCCAGCUCGGGCUCGGACAGAACAUUUUUUGGGCCCGAUCUAAGCUCUAACGUGUGCAAUAUCAGAAACAGGUACAUUUGUUCCACCCAAAAACCCCAAAAAAGCAUAAACUGUAUAAAA